AAAUGCGAGGGUGUGGAGGUAGCGGACACGUAGAUUUGGUUGGAUCAUACUAUACAUUUCAAUUCAACGCUGCCAUUUUCGUUUUGUGGCACGGUUAAAGCGGCGGUCUGAAUGUGAAUUUGCUGAAAUAUCUACCAUUUAUUUAUUUACAAAGUGAGGAAAAUAUAUUGUAGUGCGAUUGUUUUCUCGUAAAACAUCAAGAAGUGGCGAUUACAGUGUUUAUACCACCGGAUAAUUGUUGACUUCAUUGGGUGGAAAGGUGAUGUACACGAGGUAGCAGAGCCGCGCCGCAGCCAUGCCGCUGCCGAAGCGCUGCGUGGAGCCCGUGCACGUGUCCCGCGGCACGGUGCCCGAGCGGCUCCAGGUGCCCUCGGAGCUCGAGGCCGUCACUAAUGGGACGCUCGCUAACACUGUCAGGCAAUUAUCAUCCCUAUCGAAACAUGCGGAGGAUAUGUUCGGCGAGUUGACGCGGGAGGCGACGAACUUGGCGGAGCGGACGAACGUGCUGCAGGCCCGGAUAGACAGGCUGGCUAUCAAGGUCACGCAGCUCGACUCUGGUGUUGAGGAAGUAUCACUACAAGACAUACAAAUGCGCAAGGCUUUCCGUUCAGCGCGGUCGUUCCAACAGCAACUGUUUUCCCGCAACUCAAUGCCCUCGGCCAUGCUGUCGACGUACGCGCGAUGCGACCGACCCCCUCCACUGGAAAUGCUCAACGAGUUCAGAGACGACGGCAGAGAUGCCAGAAAGUUCUAUACCGAUCCUGAUUACUUCUUCGAGCUGUGGAGACGGGAGAUGCUGCAGGAUACUGAGAGGAUUCAGCAUGAUCGGGGGAAGAAGAUGCGCCAAACCCGCGGCCCCGGCAGCGCAGAAAGCCGCGGCGCCCGGCGCGUGCGGCCGCCGCACUCCACGCGCGACCGCCUCAAGGAGGCCGCCGUCACGCGCGGCGAGCACAUCAUGGCGCCCAGCCAGCUGCGCCACUACAACAUCGAGCCACAGUACAAGCCUGACCCCGUGUAUCAGACGACGAACGUUUCGGAUGGCGGCUACAGAGCGUCACAGAACCGGCCGCCUUCAGUACAGCCGGCGCGGCCCAACUCCAUCGAGAUUGAGAACACGCAGAACAGACAGCCCAGGAUAACUGGCAAUGGACAUGUAAUGGUAGCAGAAGAAAGCCCGUACGGUUCAGUUGGCGGCGAGCCGAUCUACGGCGGCAGCGGCGCCGGCACCCCGCGCCGCCAGCGCCCCUCCGUGCCGCCGCCCGCGCCGCCCGCGCCCACCCACGCCGCCUCGCCGCCGCCCGUACAUACACCCACCAGGUCAGCGCUGCCUCCGCCCCCGCCGCCGCCCGAGGGCACGGUGUCUCCGCCCAUGAUGAACGGCGCCUCCCCCCCGCACCGCACCGCGCUCGACGCACAUCUCGACCACAUGCACGCCGUUAUAGGUAUGAUGUCGUCGGAGCAGCCGGACGGGCUGACCGCGCUGGGCGUGCCCGCCCCGCCCGCCGCGCCGCUGCCCCCGCCGCGCCGCCCGCGCGCCCCGCCGCCGCCCGCGGAGGACCGGCCCCGCCCCCCAUCGCCCGGCGCGCUGCUGCGGGGGGCGGAGGCGCUCAAGCCGCCCCGCCCCACGCCCGACCCCCAACCAGAUCCACGGUCCGAUCUGCUCAAGGCUAUCCGCGAUGGCAUUAAACUGCGCAAGGUCGAGAAGAGAUGCGACGAGAACACGGGGCGGUACGACACCCUGCGCGGCGCGCCCGUGUUCCUGGACGUGGCCUCCAUCCUCGCGCGGCGCGUCGCCGUCGAGCUCAGCGACACCAGCUCCGGCGCCGACUCCGACUCCGACGACUCCGACCAGUGGACCGAGUCCCGCGCGUGACGCCGCGCCUCGCC